AUGGGGCAGAAGCCACUUUCAUGUCCUGAGUGCGGGAAGGGUUUCCAUUCUACGUACCAUCUUAAUGUGCAUAAAAGAUCUCACACGGGGGAGAAGCCGUAUUCCUGUCCUGAGUGUGGGAAAUGUUUUUCAAAUAAGUCCAGUCUUUGUCGUCAUCAGAAAUCUCACAAGGGGGAGAAGCCGUAUUCCUGUCCUGAGUGUGGGAAAUGUUUUUCAGAUAAGUCCAGUCUUCACAUACAUCAGAGAUCUCACACGGGGGAGAAGCCACAUUCCUGUUCUGAGUGCGGGAAAUGUUUUUCAGAGAAGUCCUAUCUUUCCAAGCAUCAGAGAUCUCACACAGGGGAAAAACCGUAUUCCUGUCCUCAGUGUGGGAAAUGUUUUUCAGAUAAGUCCAGUGUGUACAAACAUCAGAGAUCUCACACAGGGGAGAAGCCAUAUUUCUGUUCUGAGUGCGGGAAGUGUUUUUCAAAUAAGUCCAAUCUUUAUUAUCAUGAGAAAUUGCACACAGGAGAGAAACCAUAUUCCUGUCCUGAGUGUGGGAAAUGUUUUAUGGCGAAGUCCAGUCUUUCCAGACAUCAGAGAUCUCACAUGCGGGAGAAGCCACUUUCCUGUCCUGAGUGA